ACAAAUACAACCGACAAAAAUAAAAAGCACCACUUGAGAAUAUAGCUCAUAGUAUCGUUCUCUCACUGUCGUCGACGAAUCAAGAUUCAAAUUUUGGUACCAAGAGUAGCUUACGAUCCUCACAAACGCCGUAUAAGAAUCUACACCUUUUAGCUACGAUUGCAUCCACCACCGGUUUUGCGGCGGCGCGUAUAAUACACGCGCCGAUAACAAAAUUUGUCUAGUAUUUUUUUGAAAAAAUGUUAAAGCUUUGAUGCUCCUUAGGCAAAAAGGGAGAUCAAUGAAUUGAGAUGGUGAGGGGUCCUGGGAAGCAGAAAUCAACAAGAUUGGUGUUAGUGUGUGUGGCACUGUUAGGUUUUGGUGCUGUUGCUAAUUAUCUAUGGGCUUCUUCUUUUCCUCAUUUAUCCAAUUGGGUUAAUGUUGAUAAUUAUGUUCCGAAUGUAAUUCUCCCCAAAGACCAGAACCCACGUCAGGUAGGAGCUGACAAAGAAAAGAAGCCGAAGAAAGAUAAAGAUAAGAAGGAUAUUCCAGAGAGAUUCCUAUCAGCAACAUUUGCUGAUUUGCCUGCACCAGAUCUGAAAUGGGAGAAGAUGACCUCUGCACCAGUGCCUCGUCUAGAUGGUGCUGCAAUACAGAUUAAGAACCUUCUAUAUGUGUUUGCUGGAUAUGGAACAAUUGAUUAUGUGCAUUCACAUGUUGAUAUUUACAAUUUUACGGAUAACACAUGGGGAAAAAGAUUUGACAUGCCUAAAGAAAUGGCACAUUCACACUUGGGAAUGGUGACAGAUGGGAGAUACAUUUAUGUUGUUUCAGGGCAAUAUGGUCCACAAUGCAGAGGGCCUACAGCACAUACAUUUGUCUUAGAUACAGAGACAAAGCAAUGGCAGGACAUGCCACCUCUACCAGUUCCUAGGUACGCGCCGGCCACUCAACUUUGGAGAGGCAGACUCCAUGUGAUGGGUGGCAGCAAGGAAAAUCGGCAUACUCCAGGAUUGGAACAUUGGAGUCUUGCUGUAAAAGAUGGCAAAGCACUAGAGAAGGAGUGGAGAACAGAGAUACCAAUACCCCGUGGAGGUCCUCAUAGGGCUUGUGUAGUGGUUAAUGAUCAACUUAUUGUCAUUGGUGGUCAAGAAGGUGAUUUUAUGGCCAAACCUGGAUCACCUAUUUUUAAAUGCUCUCGUAGGAAUGAGGUAGUAUAUGGUGAUGUAUACAUGCUGGAUGAUGACAUGAAGUGGAAAGUUUUACCGUCCAUGCCAAAGCCUGAUUCUCACAUUGAAUUUGCUUGGGUGUUGGUCAAUAAUUCGAUUGUGAUUGUUGGAGGAACCACUGAUAAGCAUCCUGUAACUAAAAAGAUGAUCCUGAAUGGUGAAGUCUUCCAGUUUAACUUAGACAAUACGAAGUGGUCAGUGAUUGGAAAACUUCCAUAUCGCGUUAAAACUACUUUAGUUGGAUUCUGGAAUGGAUGGUUGUACUUCACCUCUGGACAGCGCGACAGAGGACCGGAUGAUCCUGCACCCAGAAAGGUUCUUGGCGAAAUGUGGAGGACAAAAUUGAAAUUGAACUCAUGAUCCCUUCUUCAUUACUUCGAAAAUCGAUUUUUAUUAGUAUUAUUUGGUAAGUACGUUCUACUCUUAUCAGAGGAAAUAUUUAUUUAUUUAUUCAUUGAACUCCAGGGAAUGUAAUUAUUGUUGUAGCUCUUUAUUCUUUCGCCAUACCCCUUUUCAUUGCCAUGUGCAAGUGUAACCUUCAAAUUAAACCUACAUUUAAAUUACAUGAAAGUGGAUUUUA